GCAUGUCGUUCGAUGGCACGCAGCCGGCCGUGGACAGCGUCGAUCAGAUCCGCUGCCACAGUGACCCAGCCUGGAGGAAGGGCAUUCACUUCUAUGUGGAGCCCCGGGAGUUUACAAUCACUCCCAGCCAAGGGACCAUCCUGCCCCAGGGACACCAGGACAUCCAGGUGACCCUGUGUUCCAACUCGGUGAUGGAGUUCUACAGGAAAAUGCUGGUGGAUCUGGAGGGUUUUGGCAAGGGAGUGGCAUCAUUGGUCAUCACAGCCAGAUGUCUCGUUCCAAAGCUGCAAGUGUCCCCCCAUGUGCUGCAAUAUGAUGAGUGCCUCCUGAAGGUGCCAUAUGAGAAGAAGUUCCUGAUUAGGAAUCCCAGCCACCUGCCUGGCUGCUACGGGCUCAUUGAACAGAAACGCAAGGAGGACGCUGCUGUGCUCUACUCCAGCCCCAAGCCCUGUGGGAUUGUCCAGCCUCACAGCACUGCAGAGAUCCCAGUGCUGGUGGAAGUGCAGGCGCUGGGCACGCAUCGCACCAAUGUUCUCAUCGGCGUGUUCGGGGAUGAGAGAAACCCACUGAGAAAACAGUUAUGGAGCUCUGGACGGCUGGCAGAAACCUCUCCAAGCCCAAGGCUGAUGGAGUCUGGCAGGAUCCCAGCACUACAGCCUAUAGAUGAGCUUCACCCACCUCAAUUCACUCCCCAUCCACCAAAGGAGAUGAGAACAUGUUUGCAUUGCCCAGCGUCUCGAUGGAGGCACUUCAAGGCUGGAAAGCAGGAGGCAGCCACAGCCCUGACUGAAGAGCAGGAUUUGACCCAGUCUUCAGGAGCAGAGGCUUCCAGUAUCCUGCCAGUGUCAGGUGUGCUGCAGCCAGGAGAGAGCCAGCAGGUCUCCUUGCCCUUCUCUGGCCACCUCAACAGCAUCUCCAGUGCCACGGCGCUGUGCCACGUGGAGGAAGGCCCCAGCUCCGAGGUGCUGGUGCCCGGGGAGGCCUCACGUGUCAGCUGCUCCCCGAGCCCCCAGGAGAUCAACUGUGGCUCUGGGGCACCUCUCAGGGAGAGAAGGGAGCUGAAGUGGCCGGCUCCAAAGCUUGAGGAGAAGACAAAAGCCUUGGAGGAGGAAGAGAGGCAGAAGGAGAAAGAGAAGCAGAAGAAAAAAAAGAAGAGUGUGUCUGUGGGGAAGGAACCUCCAAAAGCAGAGAAGGGGAAAACCAAACCCACAGAGAAGAAGGAAAGCAAGGCCCCAGAGAAGAAGGACACCAAAAUCCCAGAGCGGAUGGAAACCAAAGCCCCAGACAAGAUAGAAACCAAACUCCCAGAAAAGAAAAACAAACAUCCAGAAAAGAAGGAAACUAAAUUCCCAGAGAGGAAGGAAAGCAAGGCCCCAGAGAAGAAGGACACCAAAGCAUUAUUAGAGAAGAAGGAAACCAAAGCUCCAGAGAAGAUUGAAAACAAACUCCCAGAAAAGAAAUACAAACCUCCAGAUAAGAGGGAAUCCAAAUUCCCAGCAAAGAAGGAAACCAAAGCUCCAGAGAAGAUUGAAAAUAAACUCCCAGAAAAGAAAUACAAACCUCCAGAAAAGAGGGAAAUCAAAAUCCCAGAGAGGAAGGAAAGCAAAGCACCAGAGAGGAAGGAAUUGAAAAUCCUAAAGAAGGAAACCAAAUCUCCAGAGAAGAGAAGCAAAGCUCCAGAAAAGAAGGAAACCAAAUGCCCUGAGAGGAAGGAAAUCAAAAUCCCAGAGAAGGAAACCAAGGCACCAAAAAAGAAGGAACCCAAAGCCCCAAAGAAGGGGGAAGCCAAAGUGCCAGAGAAGAGAGAGACCAAAGCCCCAAAGAAGAAGGAACCCAAAGCCCCAAAGAAGGGGGAAGCCAAAGUGCCAGAGAAGAGAGAGACCAAAGCCCCAAAGAAGAAGGAACCCAAAGCCCCAAAGAAGGGGGAAGCCAAAGCCUGAAAGAAGGGAGGAACCAAAAUCCCAGAGAACCCAGCUGAGCUGGAGAAGAACUCUUUAUUUUAUUCACACAACUUAUUUUAUACAGUUUGACAAACCUAAUGUGCAACUUUAGUUAGUUAAUAGAUUUCUUAUUAUUAGUUAUGCCAGUUAUUCUCUUGGAUAAUAAAAUAUAUUUUACUUGUGCAUCAAA